AUGACUGCGUUACAGCUCAAAGAGCUCUCGCAUUCAGGUCUCUACAGGAGAAGACGAGAUCAUCCUGAUGAUAGUUUGAGACUGAAUGGGUUACCAGAGGAAGAGCUGAGCAAUAUGGCCAAUGCCCUUGCCAAUGCCUCUUGUGAGCGCUGCAAGGGGGGGUUUGCACCUGCUGAGAAGAUUGUAAACAGUAACGGAGAGCUGUACCAUGAGCAGUGUUUCGUGUGUGCACAGUGCUUCCAGCAAUUUCCAGAAGGAUUGUUCUAUGAGUUUGAAGGAAGAAAGUACUGUGAACAUGACUUUCAGAUGCUGUUUGCUCCUUGCUGUCAUCAGUGUGGUGAAUUCAUCAUUGGCCGAGUUAUCAAAGCCAUGAACAACAGCUGGCAUCCUGAAUGUUUCUGCUGUGAUCUUUGCCAGGAAAUUCUGGCAGAUAUUGGGUUUGUCAAGAAUGCUGGAAGACAUCUGUGCCGCCCUUGUCACAAUCGUGAGAAGGCCAGAGGCCUUGGAAAAUACAUCUGCCAGAAAUGCCAUGCCAUCAUUGAUGAACAACCUCUGAUAUUCAAGAAUGAUCCAUACCAUCCAGACCACUUCAAUUGUGCCAAUUGCGGGAAGGAACUAACAGCUGAUGCCCGGGAACUGAAAGGAGAGCUGUACUGCUUGCCAUGUCAUGAUAAAAUGGGAGUUCCCAUCUGUGGUGCUUGUCGCCGACCCAUUGAAGGGCGUGUGGUGAAUGCCAUGGGAAAGCAGUGGCAUGUGGAGCAUUUCGUUUGUGCCAAGUGUGAAAAACCAUUUCUUGGACAUCGCCAUUAUGAAAGAAAGGGCCUGGCAUAUUGUGAAACUCAUUAUAACCAGCUAUUUGGUGAUGUUUGCUUCCACUGCAACCGUGUUAUAGAAGGUGAUGUGGUCUCUGCUCUUAAUAAGGCCUGGUGUGUCAACUGUUUUGCCUGUUCUACCUGCAACACUAAAUUAACACUCAAAAAUAAAUUUGUGGAGUUUGACAUGAAGCCAGUCUGUAAGAAGUGCUAUGAAAAAUUUCCGUUGGAGUUGAAGAAAAGACUUAAGAAACUAGCUGAGACCUUAGGAAGAAAAUAACUUCAUUUGAUAUUGUUUCUUUCCAUGUAAAGAUAAGCAAUUAUCAGCAUUAUUUGAUUUGUUACAACCUUAUUAAACUAUAUUUUAUUUGUAUCAUAUUUAAAACAUGACAAACAAGAAUUUAAAUCUUGACAAAAUAAAAAUUUGCCUCUGUUAAUAAUCCUUACUU